AUGGACCCGGAUAUCCUGUCCGCCGCUGCUCAGGCCGUGGCUUGGGCAAAACCACCGGCCGAGCCACGUGACCUCCGGGACGAGUACGAGUGGUUCCGGGACACGCUUGUCGCUUUGUACGACGCGGCCAUGCCACGUUCCCGGGGCCCUCCGACCCGGAGGUCGGUGUACUGGUGGACGGCCGAAAUUGCCGCUCUCCGCGUAGAGAGCAUUCGCGCCAGACACCGGUUCACCCGCGCCCGUCGCCGAGUUGUCAACAACGGCGAAGGGGCGCAACGAGCAGCGGAACCGGAGUACCAGGGUUAUCGCGCUGCGCACAAGGCCCUGCGUACUGCCGUUAUGAAGGCAAAGUCUCAGGCGUGGAAGGAGCUCAUGGAGACUCUCGACGCAGAUCCAUGGGGGCGUCCGUACAGGCUUGUCAUGAACAAGCUGCGGCCGUGGACGCCCCCAAUCACCGAGAGUCUAGACCCCCAACUCCUGGAGGAGGUCGUCUCCACCCUUUUCCCCGACGGGAGGGGUGAUUGGCCUCCCCGGGAGCCGGAGUUGGACCCAGUCGAGUGGUCCAACAACCUGGGGGUCACGGAAGAGGAGCUCCGCCGGGCCGUUUGUCGGAUGGCGCGGAAAAACACCGCGCCCGGCCCCGACGGCGUGCCCGGCAAGGUACUGGGCUUUGCCUUCGGACAGGGUCCCCUGGGAGACCGCCUCAGGCAACUGCUCACAGGCUGCCUGAGGACCAGCUGGUUCCCCCCCGAUUAG